AUGUUAUGUUCUUUUUCAUCCCGUCUGUAUCGUGGUAUUCGUUACUACUCUACGUAUAAAAAUUUAAUCGUGAAAAAUGUUGACGAUUGCAAAGAAAUUUUGUUAAUUGGUUUAAAUCGUUCAACAAAACGAAAUGCUGUCAAUCAUGAAACAGCUUUAGAAUUAUAUGAAGCAUUUUUGAAUUAUGAAAAUGAUUCUAAAUCAAAAAUAGCUAUUAUUCAUGGCCAUGAUAGUGAUAGUUUUUGUGCUGGUUAUGAUCUUACUGAAGUAUCAAUAAAAUUCAAAAUGGAUUAUGAUAAACAUGCACCAGCACCAAUGGGUCCAAGUCGAAUGUUUUUAUCAAAACCUUUAAUAGCAUCAAUUAAAGGUUAUGCUGUUGCAGGUGGUCUGGAAUUAUCUUUAAUAGCCGAUUUAAGAGUUAGUGAACGUUCAUCCAAAUUUGGUGUCUAUUGUAGAAGAUUUGGCGUGCCUCUUAUUGAUGGUGGAACUGUUCGAUUACCAAGAUUAAUUGGACUUUCUAGAGCAUUAGAUAUGAUUAUUAGUGGACGUACCGUGAAUGCCGAUGAAGCACUUUCUAUUGGAUUAAUUAAUCGUCUCGUAGAAGAUGGACAAAGUUUAAGUGAAUCAAUUAAAUUAGCUAAACAGUUGUUAAAAUUUCCAUAUCAAUGUAUGAAUACCGAUCGUUUAUCUGCAUAUUAUUCUAUGAAUCAUACAAUGGAUGAUAGUCUGAAGAAUGAAUAUGAAAAUGGAAUAAAAAUAAUUGAAAAAGAAUCUAUUCAAGGAGCAAAAAGAUUUGUUCAAGGUGAGGGAAGAGGUGGUAUGGAAAUAAAAUAA